GUGACAUGGGAGUCGAAGUGCGAGUCUCGCAAGGCUAAAGCCAAGCAUGAUCUGAAGAAGGCCUUCCCCGAGGUCCUGUCCGGAACAUGGCAGAACUGGGUUUGCGAUUGGUUUUAUGUGACUGCCGAUUACAAUAGCAAUGCAGAAGCCCGCCGUUCAGCCGAGUCCAAAGCCAAGAAGGCCGAGGCGCAGAAGGAGAGACAGGAGCAGAGGCGUGCCAACCGUAUUGAGGCUGCUGCUCGAGCCGAUGAUCGUUUUGAAAGAGGUGCUACUCCUGCUACUGCUCUCGUCGUCGACAGUGACGAGGAGAAUCAACGUCAGGAAGAUCGAGAGGAGGAAGGCUUCUCUGACAAUGGUGCAGAUGAAUUCUAUGACGACAUGGAAGAUGGAUUCUCUGUUGUUCAGCCGGAGUUUGGUUAUGAGAUGGAGAUGACAGACAGCUUUCCUGACGCUCAAAGGAUUGACGUGGUUGAACAGGACCGGCACAUUGAUAUCCAGGACGAAGAGAAUGACUCGGACUUGGACCUUCCUGACCU